UUGUUCUUAUCACCACACAGUUCACUCCUCAGGUCGGAUUGUUCAUUCUCUUAAUGCCCACCAUUCUUGGUCUUCUGCAUAAGCAUUCGACACAUAUUCGGAAAACGGUGCGUUGCGGUGCUGCUGCGCUAUGUGAAGUAUUGAUUUUCUGAAGUGCAUGUAAUUCUCCUCGUACACAAUUUCCUGUUCCCUCCCAAAACCAACGACACUUUCGCCAAACACAGUCAGUCGAGAAUUCAGCUUAAUUUUAAUCAUGUCAUCGUCACAAGCUGCAGCGCAAGCGGAAUCGGACGACGUGAAACAGCAGAGAGAAUUAGCUCACGACAACCUGAUGGGACUUCUGGGUCAGGUGGACGACGUGAAGGAGAAGAUGGUCGAAAACAUGGAGAAAAUGGCGGAACGUGGCGAAAAGUUGCAGGAAUUGCAGGAUCAUUCCGAUGCCAUGACCCAUAACGCGGCCCAAUUGGCGAACAAGAUAGCUGCACAACUUCCGAAGGAUGAAAAAUGAAGAAGAUUGGGAAGGAAUUUUAGUAAUUUACGCUACUGCUCAGCCUUAUUGUUCAUCUUUACGACUUAUGUAAUUGAUUACUCACCAUGCAGUCUUGCCCUAUUUGGCUUAUCAACUCUGUCAGAUUUUUAUUUUGUUUUAUUACUACUGAGGAAGAGGAAUUGCAUAACAAUAAAUAUUUAGCAGUUAAUUGAGGAGUAUUUUAUAAUACUGUGUUUAUAAAAUGUGCAUCAUUUUCUUCUUAAGCAACUUUUGGUGCAACAAUCUUUAUGUAAUAACUUAUAUGUAAGUAAGGACUAGGAAUAUUAGUUGGGUUUUAUAGUUGGUAGUAGUAAUGGUGAAAUUGAGAGAUUAUUGUGGGCAAUUUUAUGGCACACAGUUCGUUUUUCACAUAAUUUCAACCUUGUUUAUACUCUAAAGUUACAUAAUUUAGUUGAGUUUGAGCUGGUAUAACAACAUGGCUUGUUUAUACACACAGUGCGAUCUAGGACUAGUUCGAUGUUCACGUUUAUAUACGUUUUCGCCUUAAACUAACAAUGAAGGUCUCCCAGCGUGUGUUCUCCGAUUUUGAGAAAAUUGGUGAUUACAAAUCUAAUUAAUAUGAAAUUUGUGAAUUUGUGAUCUCCCAAUUGGCACGUUGGGCAGAGAUAUUUGCAUCUGAAGAGGAGAAAACGCGCAGUAAAUUUGGGAAGUGUAAAAUUUGCUAACUUUAGGGCGCACUUUCUCUUCUUUGGAUGCUAAUUUAUCUGUCAAACCUCAGCGUUAGGAGAUCGCGUCUUUUGCAAAUUUCAUAUUAGUCGAAUUUGUGAUCGAUGAGUCGAUGACUAGUUUUCUCAACCUCGGAGAGCAUACGUUGGGCGACGUCCAUUGUAAGAAAUGAAUAUAUAUGCAAUUUUCAACUGGACAACGAAAAACAUUAUAUUAAAGUUGUGCAUUUAAAUUAAAUAAAUUGCAGAGGAGUCAAAUAUAA